CCGGUGACACAGAUUACUAGUAACCGGUGAAGUGUUUGGCGCCUGCGGCCUGGCGGUGAUUUUGUGAAGUGUUUCGUUUAGGAAAUAAAUAAGAAAUUUAUAUAUUUUCGUUGAAAUGGGUCGUCUGGACGUGGUGAUAUUCGGCGCGUCGGGCUACACGGGUCGUCACGUGGUGCGGGCAGCGCCGCGGCUGCUGCGGGGCCUGGCCUGGGCUGUCGCCGGCCGGGACGCUGACAAGCUGAGGAGUGCCCUGCGAGACGCCACCAAUAAGAUCGGUGAAGACAUAACCUCCAUCGAGUGUAUAGUCGCGGAUGUGAGCGACGCAGACUCCCUCCGCGCGAUGUGCGAACGCGCCCGCAUAGUGGUGAACUGCUGCGGCCCGUACCGUUUCUAUGGUGAGCCGGUUCUGCAGGCCGCGAUACAAAGCCGCACGCACUACGUCGAUGUCAGCGGCGAGCCGCAGUUCAUGGAGCUGAUGCAGCUGCGGCACGGCGCGGAGGCGCGUGCGAGCGGCGUGUACGCGGUCAGCGCGUGCGGCUUCGACAGCAUACCCCUGGACCUCGGAGUCGUCCACAUGCAGAAUAACUUUACAGGCACGCUGAACUCCGUGGAGUCCUAUCUGGCCGUAAAGUCGACGGCUACGAUCAAGAACACCAGCGCCAUCAACUUCGGCACCUGGGAGUCGCUCAUUUACGGCUUGACGCACUACGACGAGCUGAAAUCCCUCCGGAAGCAGCUGUAUCCGACUCCGCUACCGGCGCUUAAACCGAAAGUCAAGACCAGAGUACUCCACCGCGACGCAGACGGGGUAUGGUGUUUACCGUUCCCGGGCGCGGACGCGUCAGUGGCGUACCGCACGCAACGCGCCCGCUCGCGGCCCGCGUACGUGCGCACUUACUACCGCGUUGGCUCCCUACCCGCCGCGUUAGCCACCAUACUAGCUGCGAUAUUCCUCUUCCUAAUGACCAGGACGGGGUUUACAAGGAAGCUACUAUUAAACUAUCCGGCGUUAUUCACUUUUGGGUUCGUCAGCAAGGAGAGUCCGAACGAAGCGGUCGGGGAGAGCACGGAGUUUGAGCUGACCUUGAAGGGUAGAGGAUGGCCCGCCGAGCCCAGUGACCAGCCCCCGUCUAAGACGAUCACAGCGAAGGUGAGUGGCGUGAACCCGGGCUACGGUCUGACAGCGGUGAUGCUGCUGCUGUCCGCGCUUACUAUACUCAAUGAACCCGAGAAGCUGCCCGAGCCCGGCGUUCUGACGCCUGGCGCGGCGUUUGGUAAUACCCAGCUGGUGCGAAAACUCAACGACAAUGGCGUUAAGUUUGAAAUACUACCGUAGACUUGUAUAUGAAGUGUGUGGACGUGGGUGCUAUAUUUUGUUGCAGAUAAUAAUAGGUACCUACUUGAUAUUGUAAUUUGUAUUAGCACAAGAAUUGAGAGAAUUGAGAUUUGAGAUUGCUAUCCUAAACACACCAUUCGAUCUCGAGCUGUUUUAAAGAUUACCUUUCGUAAAACAUGCCAAAAACAGACCAGCAGCACGCUGUCAACUUUCCAACAAAAUGCGCGUUAACAAAGUCUAGGGGUAGGUACCUAUGUUUUAUUAAUGGCUUGGGUAUAAAAAAAUAAGAUUUAUAAAAAAAAAAACUUGAUCGUGCAUGUAUUAAUUAGUAUACUUUAAUAAAGGGCUUUUGCCAUAAUAUAUGGCCUGCCAGCCCCAUCGUAACUUAUAAACUAUGAUUAACAAUUAAUUAUACACUGCCGCAUCACUUGCAGGAACUUAGGGUCUACACAGACGAACUGCAAUCCAACCGCAAAUUGCAGUUCAAGUGCAGUUUGAAUGCAGUUGAUGGUUUGGUCCAAUGAGGGUCCAAUGGUCAACUGCAUUCAAACUGCACUUGAACUGCAAUUUUGGUUGGAUCGCAGUUCGUCUGUGUAGACCCUUAGGUGCUAUAUGAAUUGAAAAUUGGAUUAUUCCAUAGUCCAAGCCACAAUCAGUGACAUAUUUUUAUGAUUACUUAACUUUGAUUUAAUGAAGUUUGUCAUCAAAUGUAUACAGUUUAUUUAAUAGUCUUGAUUACUUUAAAGUUAAGUAAUCUUUAAAUCUCCCUGAGUGCGACGGUAUGUUGAUAAUACAAAAAUUAAGUGCCAUGCGGAGUGCCUUUAAGAAGUUAUGAGCAAUAUUAAACUGUAAGUAUUAUAAUUUAUUUGUAUAAAUAAAUAGAACUAUAAUUAAAACUGUUAUAGUUUUGUAUGUGUCAACCUUCGAUCACUACCUAAGUAUCAACUAUCAACUAACAUUUCUUGUAACUCGAAAAUAAAUGUCUCAUUUUUUA